AUGGUCACAAGUUUUGUUCCUUCUGUCAGAGCAGUCCCAGCAGGAACUCCUUUAACAAAUGUGACCAACACUAAGCGAGGUGUUGAUUCGAACCCGCAAAAAAUUAAACUUGGAGAAAAGAAAUUUAUCAGUGAUGAAUACUUAAGAAAGGUAUGUGAUAAGAUUAAAAAGAAAUAUCUUAGGCCCAAGACAAAGAAGCUUAUUCAUCAAAUAAGAAAAUUGACAACUAUUCCCAGCAGAGUACACCAUAUUAUACUGACUGUGUUCCCAGCAAAGAGAUCAGGCAAGUCAGGGCGAAAUAGAAAUCAGAGUUCAUCAUCAUCGCGGCCGAACUCUCAAAUUCCGAUACAGGCUAGUGAUGCAACAGAGAGGGACAGGAAUCGCCCCCUAGUGACGUCCACAACUCCUGUUUUCUCUACAGGUGGAUCAGGAACUCCUACCAACCCAAUACCAACAACCAAUCUGAUGGAUCUGGAUAACGAGAGGAUUUUGCGAGAUCGACUCCGAGGUGUGGGGAACACUGUCCAGGUGGCACCUCGCUAUCCCGAGUAUGCAGAUCAGAUUGUGCGGCAGCGGUCCUUUGCUAAUUGGCCGUCAUAUACGCAACAACAAGCGGCCAGGCUUAUCAUAUUUGGCUUCUACUACACAGGCCAGGCAGAUCUGGUUCGCUGUUUCCAGUGCGGUAUUGGCCUCAAGGACUGGAGUCCAGGGGAUGAGCCUCUAUUUGAGCAUGUGAGACACUCGCCUAACUGUCCAUUCCUGCAACAACUCCUUGGUGAUGAACUCCUUGGAACUUACAGGGAUAACUUGGCAGAGGCUCAACAAAGAAAUGAAACUGCAACCUCUCAUGGUCUUAACAUCCAGGCUCCACAGACGCGAGCACGGAUGAUGCGACACCCUGAUCGGGCUACCAUGAGACAGAGAUUGGACACGUUUACUGGUUGGCCACAUACCAAUGGUCAGCCUCCACAGAGACUGGCAGAGGCUGGACUCUUCUACACAGGUACAAAUGACCUGUGUCGCUGUUUCACGUGUGAUGGUGGACUGCAACGCUGGGACAAGGAUGACGACCCCUGGUUGGAGCACGCGCGCUGGUUCCCUCACUGUUCCUACGUACGGGAAGUAAAGGGCCAGGACUACAUCAACCUGGUGCUGGCAGCAGCUGAGCAGGCUAUGAGAGAGGAUGAGGAAUCAGUGGUGAUCCAAGGACUCCAAAGCACAGACUUACAGACAACAGACCCGAUGUCCACAGCUGAGGCCCGGUCAGUGAUAGAGAUGGGAUAUUCCAAGACAGCUGUUCAGCUGGCCAUACACGAGUACAAUGGAAAAAAUCCCACGAAGGGAGCGCUGAGUUUCAGUGCUGCUGAUCUGGUCCAGAUCCUGGUUGGCCGUCAGGAGCGUGGGGAGGAAAUACCACAGGACCUGCCAUCUGAGGAGCUAGGUGCCUCAGGCAGUUCACAACAGGCAGCAACUGCAGAUCCUAUGGUUGAAAAUCGCCGCCUCAAACACAUACUGAAGUGUCUGACAUGUAAAGAGAACGACUGCAACAUGCUGCUACUCCCGUGCACCCACCACCGCCUGUGUGAGGAGUGUGCACAGAAUGUCACCCACUGUCCAGUGUGUGGAAGAAAGGUGGAGGAUAAAGUUAGAACAUUUAUGUCAUAACUCUGUCGGGCUGCAGUACAGCGGUGACUAAGCUGGCAUCUUAAAACCACACCAAGGAAUAAGUCUUGGCCAUACUUCCUAUUAGAAAAAAUUGUAUGAGAUAAGAAUUUUUUUGGUAGUCCACAUUGUCACAAAAUGUCCACCCAUUUGUUACAAUUUUUAUCACUCUAACAUUAUUAUAACGGUCAUUUUUUCGCAGUUCUUGAUCAAUCAUUUAUGGUCACAAUUUAAAGCUUAGAUUUUAUUUGAAGGCUGAUUUUUGUUUGAUGUGCUUCUAAGGUUUGGUCUGCAGCCCAAGUAGAUCAUUGGCUUCUUGGUACAUUGAAAACAUUUGUAAAACAAAAACAUCUUUGAAAAAAAGAACAUUUUUAUCUUAAUUAGACCUCAUCAGUAAGAACAGCAUGAGAAUUGAAAUAAAACCAUUAACCCAAUGAUUUACUACAACAGUGACAGGUCACUGUUGUACUGUGUGCUUUGACCAGUUUCUGAUUUAAUGUUUAUUGUUGCCACAAUAUAUUGGGACUUUGGUACUGUAAAGAGUCCAAAAUAAGAGUAUUUUAAGAGAAAUUAAACCAAAAGUCUUAAUACAUGCAUUAUGCAUGAAUGAAACGCAUAUAAGCUCUAGAGAUAUUGUAUCAUGUAGUCCAGAUAUGCUUGUAGAUGUUGUGCACAGAAUACUCAUUUACUCAGAAACUUUGAGCCUUUGUGCUGUCCAUAGGAUUUACCUAUUCCAGAAUAUUUCUGAAAAAGCUAUAUCUGUGGGCAGUGCUAUGGCCUGAACUCCACACAUCACUGUAAGUUAGUUUGACAGGUUCUUUCUCUUUCUGUUCUAACACGUUUUUCUGACUAAUAUUAUGGAAUGUUUUCAUUCACAUCUUGUAAAUUACAACAGUUACUCAUCAAUAGUUUUUUACAUCCAGGUUCUUUUAUAUGUCCUUUAUAAAUGUCAAGCUAACUUCCACUGCUGGGUGGUGUAUGACAUGAGUGCUUCUGACUUGUAUUUUGUUUUAUUUAUGUAUGUCUCUAUUUUACAUGUUCAUAGUGAAUUUGCAAUAAUGAUAAAGAAAGCCGCGUUGAGCUUGCCUAUAUAUAUAUUACAGUCCAACAUGGAAGUUUAUUUGCUUGUGCUUAUAACAUUGGUAAACUUUCACACAUUCUAGUAUCUAGAUUGUUUAACCAUGUCUACAAGUACAUGGCUUGGAACAGUUAAUAGAAACUCGACACUGGCCUAGUAUAAGAAGACAUUGAAGACCAUUUCGUUUUCGUUUCAUUUGGUUCCUUCAAAUCUAGUAUCGGGCAGAACUUGUAUGUCAGUCUGUUAGAUUGUACAUUUGAUAUUUAAGAAAUAUACUACAUUCGUUGUCUUGCAUUCUUUUAUUACGCAGACAAUUUUUUGUUUUUUGUAUUCUGCGGUAGUUUGUUCUGUUGUAUGCAUCUCAAGAGUCAAACUUUUCCAAGGCUUAUGCAUUGAUUUGUGUAAUGUUAUAGGAGGUAAGUUGGUUGUAUUACCGUAUGAAUUAUUUAAAAAAUAUGUGAAAUGGCAAACUCAGCCAAGUAAACAAUGUUGUACAUCUUAGACACAGGCUAAUUUUGUUGAGGAAAGACUUGGAAAAGUUUUAACUCUUCCCACUGGUGGUGGCUUUCAUAAAAGCGUGUAUAAUACAAAAUUCAUCACAUUAAAUUUAGCUACUUAUUGCUGUCUAAUCAUACAUUUGUAUUAAGAAUAUGCAUGUUCGAAAAGUUUAUAUUUGUUGUAAAUAUAACAUGUAGUUUUUACUGGUUAUUAUGCCCCGCUUUGUUUUGCUGGAUGUCGGUCAGUCGGUCUGUCUGUCGGUAGACCAGUUCUUUUCCGAUCAAUAACUCUUCAACGAAUUGACCGAUUGGCUUGUGCAUUGGCCUUUGACAGUAGAUGGCCCUUAUUGAAAUGGCGUCACUUGGUCAAAGGUCACUGUCACAAUAAGUGUGAAAAUCGUCUCGGUCAAUAACUCAUCAACCAAUUGACCAAUUGGCUUUAUACUUCAGAAGUGCAUUGGCCUUGGACAGUAGAUAACCCGUAUUUAUAUUUGGGUCACUAGUUCAAAGCCCUGUUUUGGGGGCAUAUGUCUCCGACCGCGGAACUCCUGUUAAAUAUGCAUUGAACGCUAUGUACUUUAUGUAUUUAUAAUGUAUUUUUGUGGCGACGACUCUUUAUUUGACACAUUUUAUAGGAUAAAAAGACGCCUAACAUUAUCAGUGUAUUGUGCUUUUUUGUGUAUCAUGUAUUUCCUAUUAUGUUGACAGUUAUUAUUAAGAGCUUCAUCCAAUAAAAGUUUUAUUUGAA